AAUAUGUUGCCUUCUAAUUUGUGAAUUGGCAUUAAAAAGUAUUUUAAUUGCGCCCUGACCAAUAUUUUUAGGGCGCAUAUGCAAAGUUUUUCAUAUGUGGCUCUAAAAGUUCUGUAUAAGAGGAAGAAUUUUUUUGAAAUUCUAUCUAUACCCAGUCAAACCUACAUCAAGAAUAAAGUAAAAAUGAGAAGCAAUUUUUAUUUUCUUCUCUACUUGAGUGUCAAUUCAUUGAUUUUUUUGGUAUAUUGUAAAAGUAUUCCAAGUUCUAAUGCAAAUCGUGACACAUCUACAACUGUCAAGAAUAAAAAUGAAAACUAUCAGAUAGCUGUUAAGCAGAAGAAUGUGGAUGAAGCGAAAAAUUUAUCUCGAAAACUAAUUCAAAUUCAACAAAAUGACAGUCAACAAGACAUUCAUGUUAAACGCAUAUUGACAGUUGGUGAUAAUAUUCAAAUAAGACUAGAUUCUAUUGUUGAAAUAUUUUACAAAACAUUUCAAGAAGCAUGUUGUUUUGAAAUAAGUAUAAAUGAAGAAAAUAAUGAAAAACAAAAAUCUUUAAUUCGAGUUCUCUAUGACUCUCUUCUAUAUUACAGUAGAGAAAUCAGUUUAGGAAAACAGAAUGACAGUUAUCAAAAUUUUUUAAAUGAUAUUAAUAAAUUGAAUAGUUACGUCCCAUUUAAAUGUGAAUUAGAAGAGAAUAAAUGUAUGUAUAACAAUGAAAAUUUUAACUCUGCAAAAGGUUUGUUUGAAUUUGUUAUUUUAAUUCGUUAUAUGGUUGUUGAGUCUAUUAAGAAUUUAAAAUCACAGCAGCUAAAUGUUAAUGGAGUAACUUUAAAUUUGAUUAAUAAAACAAUGAAUUAUGUAAUUUUAAACAUCAGGAAUUUUUCUCAAGAACAAAAGUGGUCUUCUACUUUCUUGAACAAGAGUAAUAAACAAUUAGAAGCUAAAAUUAUGCAGGAGAGCAACACUAAAUUUAAUGACGUUGAAGAAGCGUAUACAAAUUUAAUUAAUAUCUUUAAAAAAUAUGCUGAAAUAUUCAGCUUGUAUAAAAAUAUUACUUUUUGCUCUUUAAAUUCGAAUGAUUCUUUAACAAUGAAUCAAACUAUUUCUAGAUUAUGGAAUAAUGAAGUAUUUAAUGACCUUACAAAUUAUAUUCGUGCAAAUGCUGAGUUUUUAAGUAGUGAAUAUUGGGAAAGGUCUAAAUUAAGUGUGAGAGAAAUAUUAACGACAAUUACAAAUACAGAAAAUUACUUUAAUAAGAUACUCCUUAAAUAUCAUGAUACUUGUAUCAAAAAAUCAACUGACAUUGCGAAUGAUAGACGCAACUUUGCUGAAAAUAUACGUAAAUUUUUUCAUCUCUGUUUCGUAAUAACAAGAGAUAGUAAAAACUUUAUAGAUGACACGACAGAAUUAAUAUAUUAUAAAGAUUUUGUAAACUUAAAGUUAAAUCAACAGAUUAAUGUGUUUUCUCGUUUAUUUUUGAAUAUGGAGAAAAUUCUUUCCAGUAACAAUAAUGACACUCAAAAGUCAAAUAAAAUAAGGAUGCUUUACAAUCAGUUGAAAAAUGUGAAUUCUGUAGGUUUGAAAAAACAUGUGUUAAAUAUUUUUAUUGAACACUUAAGACAUAUUAAAAACAUAAUAGGCAUAUAUAAUUAUAAUUGUCCCGGUUCAAAGAAUGCGAUAAUGAUUUAUCAAAAAAAAAGUAUUUCUGAUUCUAUUGAAGCUACAUAUCAAGUUCAAAAAAUGUUACAAAACAAUAUAAGUGAAGCGGAGAUGAAAAAGUAUUACAAAAAUAAUGCUGUUCAAUCUAUAAUAAAUUCUAAAAACUACAAUGCAAACGACUUAAUACAAAAUUGUCAAUCACCAAAUGGAGCUUUGCCAAAAAAUCAAGAAAUUGAAGAUGAUAGACAAAAACUAAACAUUCUAUAUAACAUUCAUUCGGAAUAUUUGAAAUUAUUUUAUAAUUUAGAAAGAAAACUUAUCAAUCAUCCAUUUGACGACAUUAAUUUGCAUGCAUUCUUAACAACCUAUUCUUCGACCAUGAAGUCUAUCAAAACAGAUUUACAAGUUUAUUCAUUAGAUAAUGGCAAUAGUAUAAUAAAAAAUUUAACUCAAAUUUUAAGAGAAACUAAAAAUUUAUCAAUAGCCUACUAUGAGGAGAUAAAUGAAAAUAUUCCUGUCUUGACUGACAAUGAAAAAAAGAAACUUAAAUCAAUAGAUAGUAUACUUAAGCAACAUUUGAAAAUUGCGACUGAUUUUUUCAAAACGAUUUCUAAUAAUUAUAAAUGCAAUAAAGUAAAUAUAAAUAAUAAUUCAAAAAUUGCUGAAUCAAAUAUUUCAAAAUUAAUUAAAUUCAUGAUAGAAAGCAUAACAGUCUAUUCUCAUUCUCACCGAAAUUCUUACAAAUAUUUAAACUCCAAGAAUGUUAAUAAGAGUGAAGAAAUGCUAAAAUUGAUACCAACAAUAUGUGGGCCACAAAAUAAGAAAAAUGAGUAUAUCAUUAAUAUACUCUCUUCUAUUUUCAAUGAAUAUUAUUACUAUUUUCCUGACAAAUUCAAUGAUGAUGGUAGUUAUAGUUGCUAUAUAGAAAAGCUUUAUUACUUGUAUAAAUUAGACAACAAACUUUCAAAUUUUAAUUUUUCAAAUACUUCUACCAACAGAUCAUUAUUAAACGUUUAUUUACUAUCAACGUAUAAUAAUAUACAUGACUGUUUUCUACAUAAACCAAAGAUUAAAGAUGAGUCAAACAAGAUUGCACAAAUUGAUGAAAAUAUAACGCAUGAGUCUAAAACUUUCAAUUUAUAUUUGAUAUUGUUUGCAGUGUUUCUUACAAUAUUUCAACUAUAAAUGCAAAAUACCAAGAGGCAAUAAACUCAUUAAAUAUUGUG